AUUGAAAAAGAUGUGGAUUUGGAAAGGUUUGACUCGUUUCAGGUCCAGGGCAAGGUGUUGCUCUUCAUCAUCAUUCUUGGUCUGGGAGGAAGUUUUCAGGUCGGAUGCCACCUCACACUGAUCAGCUCUCCAUCUCCUUUCAUUAGGAGGUUUAUAAACAGUAGCUGGACUCUGCGGUACGGUGAAGCUCCAGGAGAAGACACGCUCACGCUCAUCUGGGGUGCAGUCGUGACCUCUUACGCUAUUGGUGGCCUGAUCGGCGCCGUUAGUGUCGGGUUUGUCAUCAGUCAUGUUGGGAGUGAGAUCCUGGGUCGAGAGGAGUUCUGGGACAUCCUGCUCUGUGUUCCAGCGUUUUUCUCUUUCAUUCACAUAGUAACGCUGCCCUUCUUUCCUGAUGCGCCAAGAUAUUUACUGAUCGAGAAAGGGGAACUUGAGGAGUGUAAAAAAGCGCUGCAGAGCCUGUGGGGUCCGGGUGACUAUAAACCGGAGAUCGAGGAGAUGCAGGUGGAGAUGGACGCUCUGAAAGGACAACGCAAUAAGAGUCUGCUCGAGCUGUUGAGAGACUCGCAUGUUCGCUGGCAGUGUCUCUCUCUGGUCACCAUCUAUACAGCCAUCCAGUUUUGCGGUAUCUCAGCAAUCAGCGUUUAUGCUUUCAGCAUCUUCGAGGAGGCUGGAAUUCCUGUGGAUAAGAUCCGGUACGUCACGCUGGGCAUCGGGGCCUCUGAAAUCCUCACCAGUGUCAUGUGUAGCCUGGUGAUUGACCGUGUUGGAAGGCGAGUGUUGCUUUGGGCAGGUUUUGGGAUCAUGGCAGCCAUUAUGGUAUUGCUCACCGUCACAGUUCAGCUAAAGGAUUAUGAUUUUUGGAUUCCAUACAGCACAGUCGGCCUUGUGUUUCUGUUCGUCAUCUUUUAUGGAGGAGGACCAGCUGCCGUGAACACGCCACUCAGUUAUGAGAUGUUUGUCCAGUCAGAUCGGUCUGCUGCGUUCACGUUAAUGGCAGUUCUUGUAUGGGGAGGCUUCAUAGUCUUCAGCUUCGUUUUUCCAUUUCUUCAGGGUGCUUUGAUGUCCUUCAGCUUUUUGAUCUUCGCCUGUGUUGGCCUGGCUGCAUCCCUCUAUAUAUUCUUCCUUUUGCCAGAAACAAAGGGCAAAACUCCACUGGAAAUCGUGGACGAUUUCAGAAAAAUCAGAGUGUGUGGAUCUCCGACUGAAGACAAAUAUAUGGAGACAAAGUUGUGAAAGGAAACUAUUUUUUUUUCUUUCUCUCUCUCUCUCUGUCUGUAGUUUCAGAGAGAAAGAGAUAGAGAGACAGAGGGACAGACAGACAAAGAGAAGAAUGUGAUGGGAUGUGAAAUUGUUCACUAAUUCCAUGCUGUGUAUAUAUAUAUAUAGACAC